AUGCAGGCCCCCAGAGCUCCUCUGUCUGUCUCACUGGCGUGCGCGCCCAUUCGUCCCUCUCCCAUCCUUGCUGCCGGUGGCCAUCCGAUGAGCGCCUUGCCCCGUCACGAGUCUCUUCCCGCUCGCAGCGGUGGUCGGGUGAGCGCAGCUUGCCGCGGGGCCUCCAUUCCUGCUGCUCCUGUCAGCGUGGCGAGCGCGAUCCACCCGUGCGCCAAUCCUCCUUCUGCCAGUGCGGCGCUGGCGACUGAGACUCCGCGCCUCUACUCCCUCCUUGUGACUGCUGACGAUAGGGCAGGCGUGACCCACCCUCCCGUCUUCCUCCCCAUCGUUGUUCCUCGUGCGGCGAGCGCCCUCUGCUGCCGUGUCGUCCAGCCCAUGGCUGGCGUUCCCCAGGCGAGCGUGUGUCUCCCUCCCGCCGUUCCGUCGUCCACCGAUGUCCUUCAGGCGUGUGCGAACGCUUCUCUUCCUCCGCGCGGUCCCCACGGCUACGACUUGCACGCAUCUUCCCCGCGAUUCUAA